CAUGCGUGUGUGUGUCAAAUACAUGGUAUAUAGUGUGUGUAAUGUUUUCUUUAUUAAUUUAAUGUAUCUUUUAUGCAUUAUUUAAAAAAAAUAUUAGCAUUGUGCACUUCUCUAUAUUCUCUAUAAGUGUGGAAAAUUUCAUACUCCUCCAUCUGCGCAAUUUUCGUAAAAAGGGAUACAAAGUUUUUGCUUCACGUGUUAAUAUAUAGAUUAGAAUUGAAUACAAUUUCAAAUGUAAAUAUUUGAAUCAGCCCUUAUGCUAUUAAUAAAGAUAUCACAGUAACUAAACAAUAAAAAAUGGACGAUGAAAUAGAAGUGGACCCGAGGCCUUUAAGCUCACGCCGAAGCUUUACGCUGAGAAACUCUGCAGCAAGACAGGUCGCCGUCAACUUUAUGCCAUCAAGACAAAUUCCUUACAACACAUUGAGACUACGUCGAAACAAUACCGAAAAUAAUGCAUUGCUGACUGAUGUUGCUGAGGCAGCAGAUGAAGCUGACAAUGCUGAUGUGCAAGCCAAUAUUAUCGUUCGUGAGAUGGAACAGCACCACCAGCUCAUGGAGGACACCCCUGAUGCUGAGGAGCUGAGAAGAGAGGCUCUUCGUGAGCUCCCACAAGGUUUGACCAUGAAGAGGAAUGUCCGAGCGAAAUUAUCUGCCUCAGUUAGCUUGAGGUCGAAAAGGAAACCAAUUUCACUGUGGAAAAGGUUCAAAUACAGAAUGAGCUUUGGAUGGAAACGGACAAAAGACCGCAUGCGUGAUCUCGUAUUUUCGAUUGAACUCUGGUACGAAGCCAUUCGAAAUAUUGAGGGCCACUUCGGAUCGGCUGUCGGGUCAUACUUCUACCUAGUUCGCUGGCUGUUUACUAUGAACUUGCUGCUAUCUGGAAUGGUGAUACUGUUCGUGGUGGUGCCGCAGGUCCUGCAUGAUAAGCCCGACAAGACUGUAAACUUCGGAUUCUGGGAUUUCAUUAGUGGGCAGGGUUGGUUAGAAGACUCGUUGUUGUUCUACGCGCACUACCACGACGGCGCGGUGGUCACGGCCGGACUCUCAUACUACAUGCCGUUCGCGUAUUUCUUCACUAUGGUCUGUCUGUAUCUGACAUGUUUUGCUGUUCUGUGUUACAGAACUGCAUAUUCCUACCGACGUAACUUCAUCGAGACCGGAGGCGGAGUGACUUUGAUUUUCGCCAACAAAGUUUUUUGCGGCUGGGACUUUGGUAUAGUCUCCCAUAAAGCCGCCGAAUUUACCUCCACAAGCAUCUAUAACGAAUUUAAGGAACUCCUCAGCGAACAGAACAGGAACAAAGUGUCGAUGCCGGUCUGCGUGAGGAUAUGCCAGUACAUGACCAACAUAGUGGCCACCGGGCUGGUGCUCGCGCUAGUGGUGGCCGUGAACUGGGGGCUGUGGCACAUGCUGGAGGCGGAGACGGCGUGGGCGGGGUGGGAGCUGGCGGUGUCGGCGCUGCUGACGCUCGUCGUCACCCUGUGCCCACUCGUCUUCUACGGAGUUGUCAAAUUGGAGUACUACACGCGUCGUACGGCGGUCUACGUGACGCUGGCCAGGACUUGGCUGUUGGACAUGGGCGCGCUGAUGCUUCUGCUGGUGUACUGGUCCCGGUCGAACACUGACUGCUGGGAGACGCGUUUCGGUCAGGAAGCGUACAGGCUGGUCCUGCUGGACGCCGUGGUCUCGCUGCUGGUGUUGCCAGCCAUUGAGUUUAUUAGAGCUUUGAUAUAUAAGUUAAACCCGGACUCGUCGGCGCCGGAGUUCAACAUAGCGUAUAACUCGCUCACGUUGAUUUACAACCAGGGGGUGCUCUGGUUCGGUCUGCUGUUCUCGCCCCUGCUCGUGGUGGCAGUCACCAUCAAGUUCUUUAUCUUGUUCUACGUGAAGAGAGAAUGCGCUCUGAGGGCAUGCCAGCCGGCUAGAAAGGUGUGGCGCGCGGCGCAGACGCAGACGGUGCUGUACGUGCUGGUCACGCUCUCGCUCUUCGCCACGCUGUUCGGGCUCGGCUCGCUCUUCUUCAGGAGUUCAUCGAAGGUCUGCGGCCCGUUCCGUGGCUACGAGACGGUGUACAGCGUGCUCAGCGAAGGAGCCCUGAGGCUGUCGGAGCACCCCGCCGCCGCCACCAUACUCGCCUUCUUCGGCAGGCCCGGACCUCUGGCCUUCAUACUGCUUUUUCUCUGCGUGUCGGUGUACUACAUGCGGGCGCGCGCCCUCGCGCACUCCUCCAUGGUGGUCAUAUUGCGUCACAUGCUAGUACUGCAGGCGAAGGACAAGGACUUCCUGCUCAACGCCAUCGCUAAAGUCUCCAACGGGGAGUGGUCGUACAGCCCGAAGGCGGCCGAGGGUCCGGACAGCCACACGUGGAAGUACAUUAGGGACGUCAGGAAGCCAUCGAACUCUGGCUUCCAUUUUGACGCAUCGAGGCUCAGUCAUUCGUUCGGGGACCGACCUCGGUCGCGCGUCAAGGAAUACCGGCCUUAUUCGCAUUUGACCGAGAGGUCGAAAUCGAAUGACGGCGACACCGACAGCUCGUUUAGCUGGCAAGGCUCUAGCAGUCGUCUGGCACAAACCGAAGACGACAAGCGGUGGCCUUAGUUCGCAGUCUUAUAUAUACACAUCGACGCUUGAAAGGCAAACGUGACUAAGCGACAAUGCGUGAACUUUACAGUAGACUAAUUUAAGGUUGAAAUACCUGAAAACCAAAAAAAGGGUGCGUGUACUUAUGUACGCGCGUAAGAAGUUAUACUUUAUUUUUAUUAAAUUUUUUUUUUUUUUUUAAUAUUAUAUAAUUAAUAAUUUAAUAAUAUUUAGUAUGAAUUAUAUUAAAUAAUAAUUUUGUCAUUUAUAUUACUAAAAAAUGAAUGCUACACUUUUUUUUACGAGUGUACAUGCGCGAAAGUUCACCUGCGGCUAUAUUCAGACUCACCAAGUUACGUCGGUCGUAUUGUAACGAAUCUAGCUGUAGGAUUGAAAUUAUUUUAAUAGACCUAGAUAUAUAUUUUUUUUGCGCAUCGAAUAUGGUUAUUGCCUAUCAUUUAUGUACAAAGCAGUUAUGGUCGUUUAGUCACGUUUGCCUUUCAAGCGUCGAUAUAUAAAUAAAUUAAUUUAAAUAUAUAAAGUGUCUUCCUUCGUUUUGAAAAUGUUGCCAAAAAUUAAAUUUUGUCUUCCAUAUUUUUUAUGUAUGAAAAGGUUGUGAAAUUUAAAUCAGUCUUGCGUAAUUAAACAUUUUCGUGUUUAAAUUAACGGCUCCAAUACUUCGAUUAAAAUUUGGAUGCAUUUACUAUUAAAUAAGUAAGCAAUAAACAUAUUUUACAGUAUUUUAGUGGGAGUGACUUGUCUAUUUCCAGAAAUAUGUAGGUCGUUUUAUAUAGUAUAGAAUUUGUACUGAACUUUGACGUCAUUAUACAAAAUAGUUAACUCUCUGUUAUAAUUAUAGCCAAUGAAAUGUAAUAAGGUUAGCUUUUUUUGUAUGUACUAUGAGAAUAUUAGUUCAACACGCGAUAUUUUUAUUACGUUAAGUUGACAGAAGAUCUCACGGUCCAGUUGCUGUUAAGUAGAUACAUAAAUAAAUAUGAGAACGCAUGUUGUAGAUGAGAGGUUCCUUCAGACCGCGACGCACGACCGCCUGGCAGUAAACAACGAUGCUAACACACUUAUUUAUCGUUACAGAAGGUACUGUCUGUCUAUAGUCUCAUUUAUUAUAACUGUCACCUUGGAGGCAUCGGAUGACCUUUCUAUCAACUUCUACAUGCUCGUUUUUGUCUAUUUAAAUAUAGAUUACUUUUUUAUUUAAUUAUGGGAUUUUAUGACCUGGUAACUAAGACCUUUAAGUUAUGUGUUAUUUUAAUUUAUAUUAUUAUUUUUAUGAAAAAUGAUAAUAUGGAGUGAAUUGAAAUGAAAUGAAGAUAAUUAAUUUGAGACAUUAAUCAACUGGGAUGAAAUGAAAUUAAAUGAAAUGAGAUGAGAUGAUAUGGGAUGAAAUAUAAUCUCAGUGUAAUGGUGGUCAUAUACCUACUGAGAUUUUUUCAGUGGACUUUUUGGAGGAUACCGAGAAGUUAAGUCCAGCGGCUUUGUUUUAUUUUCCAACAUUUGUGCACUUUCACAGAUAUUAAACAGUUAAUAAACCGCCGUUAUUACAUAUUUAAACCUGAAAAAAUAGAUAAUAUAAAACAAAUCACACAACUUCACUCCUCGCGUUCCCGCCAAAAAGUCCGAUUGCUUAUUAGAUGCCUACAUGAAUAUCAAGGGCUGAUCCAGCUUUGGCGCCAGGAGGGGGUCACAUAGUCGUGGGCAAGUUAAGAACCUAUAAUUUAAUUUUGAUAACAAUAGAUAAUAAAUAAAUCAUGAUGUUCUUCAAUUAGUCCAAGUUAGUUCAAGUCCUGGAACUAGCUCAGGGGGGGUCAUGACCCCCAUGACCACCCCCCCCUGGAUCCGCCGUUGAUGAAUAUAGAUCAGUAUUUUGUAAUGCAUUUAACAUAUGGGUCGGUCAGUGACAUUGUUAAGAUAGAUAUUAUAAUUCAAGGUGUACUUUAAGAAACUAAACAAUACUAAACAUGUCCGUGUUUAUAAAUCGAGACAAAAAAAUUGUUUAAAUUUUGCGUAACGCACUAAAAUGGCUCAUAAAUAAUUUUAAUACUAUCGUUUUGUUUUUGAUUAUACCUAAAGAUUUUUAAUAUAGAUGAAAUAUUGGACAAAUAUUUUGAAGAAACAAUUUCAUAGAAAUACAAAUAAGUUUGUUAUUUAAAAAGGUUUUAACCUUAUCAAAGGCGGAUCUCAAAUAAUAAUAAAAUUGUAAAUUUUUUUUAUAUUUAAAUAGUUAAAUUAUACAAAAUGUAUAUGAUUAAAGAGAUCGAACAUUUAUAAAUAGAGGCUAUUUUUUAUAUGCAUUUUCUAGUAUUGUAACUCUUAAAAGAGCAUGUUUUAUUUAUUAUUUAUAUAAGUACUAAAUUUAUAAUUAAAAUGAACUACGAAAAAUAA